AAUGAAGUGAGGAUAACUUUGAAUGUGGAAAAAUCAAACCUCUACUUAUUUCGCAUUAUCCUGAGGUAUAUUAACCCUGGAGGUGAAACAUUAUCUGGUCACAUAUCUGCUUGUCAGUCUCGGCCUGAAACAGGCACUGCUCAGGGCAAAGAGUUUGUCUUCCCACCCAGCAAGGAGCCAGCUUUUGUCACAAUCCCAGGAAAAAGCUCCACAGAGCCUUUCUCACUGGUUCCAGGCACGUGGACUGUCAGUAUAAUGGCAGAGGAAGUCCUCUUGGUCAAUUUACAGAUGACCGUAAAUGUUCCUCAAGUCGGUCGCUAUGUUCUGGUUUUCGAAUAUGCCAAUGAAGAGGAUCAGUUAUACGCUGCCGAGGUAGUAAUACAUAGCCCUGGACCAGUCACCGAAGGCAGAGUGAGAAUAUACAGCUGUAAAUACAGUUUCCUUUGUCGCAGCGUUGUAGUUGACAAUAGGAAUCGCAUUGCAGUCUAUGACCUUCUAGCAGAUACAAAGAUACAUCUUAAGGCACCAUCAAUUAAUUUUCUUCUGCACAAGGUUUGUAUUAUUUCAGCCGAAGAAUUUUCUCCAGAAUACGUGGAUCCUAAAGUACAGUGCAUAGCUGCUUACAAUAGUACCCGUGAUGGAAGUGCAACAUGCAUUUCCUCAGUGUAUGAAACUCCACCGGAGGCUUUGGUUUUGGAUGCAUUCAAGGAUGGGAAAAUUUCUGAAGUACGGAGGAAUAUACUCUAUGAUCCACUGAGUGCCCCCUUACCUUCUGACUCAGUUAAUGGAGUCAUCUUGACACCGUUACAGAACCAGAUUACCUUGAGCGGCAGAGUGCCCCGCUUGGGCAGAUACGUAUUUGUGGUACAUUUUUAUCAGCCAGCACACCCUAUGUUCCCCGUGCGAGUGCGUGUGGAUGCAGGACGUGUGUGGUCAGGUUCCUUCAAUGCUUCAUUCUGCCCUCAUACCUCUGGCUGUCGGGAUCAGGUGAUUGCAGAAAACCGAAUUGAGCUUGACGUUUCUGAACACGAGGUCUCUGUUACAGUGAUGAUACCUGAUGGAAGAAUGCUGGUUCUGGAAAAUGUCUUAGUUGUUCCAGCAGACACCUACAGUUACAAAAUUCUUGACAAAAAGACAGUGGACAAGUCAUUUGAUUUUAUCAGCCAAUGUGGAGGAAACAGUUUUUAUAUUGACCCGGAAGGAUCAUCGGCCUUCUGUAAGGACUCUGUAAGGUCAUUAGUGGCUUUCUACAACAACGGAGCCCUGCCAUGUAAUUGCCAUAGCGCAGGUGCCACGAGCCCUACUUGCAGCCCCCUGGGAGGACAGUGUAUUUGCAGACCUCAUGUCAUCGGUCGUCAGUGCAGCCGAUGCCAAACUGGCUACUAUGGAUUUCCAUUCUGCAAGUUAUGCAACUGUGGGCAGCGUCUUUGUGACGACGUGACUGGUAAAUGCAUUUGCCCUCCGCGAACUGUGAAACCAAAGUGUGAAUUGUGCGAGAAACAUUACUUCAGCUAUCACCCUCUUGCUGGCUGCGAGAGCUGCAACUGUUCAGAAAAAGGAGUCGUUAAUGUGGCAAGCCCAGAAUGCGAAAAAAACAAUGGGCAAUGCAAAUGCAAACCAGGAAUAAAAGGACGGCAGUGUGAUCAGUGUGCUCCCGGUACUUACGGUUUCCCAAACUGCGUGCCGUGUAACUGUAACAGAGAUGGAACAGAACCAGAUGUUUGCGAUCCCCAGACAGGAAUUUGUCUCUGUAAGGAGAAUGUUGGAGGUGCAGAAUGUGAUAUUUGCCGACCAGGAUCCUUUUAUCUGGACCCUUCUAAUCCCAAGGGAUGCACUUCUUGCUUUUGUUUUGGGGCAACCAGCAACUGUCGCAGCACAAAUCGUCGUAGAACCAAGUUUGUGGACAUGAGGAACUGGCGCUUGGAGGCAGUGGAUGAAAAUAUUGACAUUCCAGUCACUUUCAACCCAGUCAGUAAUAGUGUAGUGGCUGAUGUUCAAGAAUUGCCUGCUUCAGUGCAUAGUUUGUACUGGAAAGCACCGCCAUCUUACCUGGGAGAGAAGCUUUCUUCAUACGGUGGCUUCCUAAGUUACCAAGUGAAAUCUUUUGGCUUACCUAGCGAGGGCAUGGUUCUUCUGGAUAAGAGACCUGAUAUACAACUAACAGGCCAGCAAAUGAAAGUUGUUUAUAUGGAUCCCAACAACCCACUGCCUGACCGUCAAUAUUAUGGCCGUGUGCAGCUAGUUGAGGGAAACUUCAGGCACGCCAGCAGCAAUAACCUUGUAUCCAGAGAAGAACUGAUGAUAAUCCUGUCUAGACUAGACGGCUUACACAUCAGAGGCCUUUACUUCACGGAGACUCAGCGAUUAACCCUUGGUGAGGUUGGGCUGGAAGAAGCCACCAGCGCAGGAAGCGGCAGCGUUGCAUACAGUGUGGAGACAUGCUCCUGCCCUCCGGAGUACGCAGGUGACUCAUGUCAG